GGAAGGUGGCGGUGUUACAACAGCAAUACAUGGAAUCUAUUCAGAAAACCAUUAGGAAGAAUAGCGGAAGUGUGUGUUCAACAACUGUGUGGAUUCCAGGACCUCAUUGAUUUGAAAGAGUAUUGUAAUUGAACAUUCGUUUAUUUUUGACAACUGUAUUGCACAGACGUUUACAGAGAAACAACACCGGCGCGAUGAUUGUUAAGACAUUAUCGAACUUGCAUACACAAUCCCAAUCCUGUUUUCGAUGUCUUCGUGCUAAGAGCACAUUGUCAGCUGUCAUUGACGAGACUGUUAAUUCAGGACUGAUCCUCAAAUCCAUGUCAACAGACGUAUUUGAAAACUUAGCUUUGGAGGACUGGAUACAUGAUCACGUUGAUCUCCAAACCCGGAGUAUACUCUUUUUAUGGAGAAACGCCCCAGCGGUGGUAAUAGGUAGACAUCAGAACCCAUGGCAAGAGUGCAACCUUCAGGCAAUGAGACAGAAAGGGAUACCACUUGCCAGGCGACGUAGUGGCGGCGGAACUGUAUUCCACGAUUUGGGAAAUGUAAAUUUGACUUUCUUCUCGUCCAAGAAAAAGUACGACCGUCACAGGAAUCUCCAAGUCGUGACGAGUGCUCUGAAAGGACUCAGGCCAGACCUAGAUGUACGUGCUACGGAGAGGUUUGAUAUAUUGCUGAAUGGCCACCAUAAAAUUUCAGGAACCGCUGCUAAAUUGGGGAGGACAGCAGCAUACCACCACUGCACUCUGCUAUGUUCAACCGACAGAGUACUGCUAUCAGCAGUGCUAAAACCGACCUGCCAAGGAAUUCACAGCAAUGCGACGCAAAGCGUUCCAUCUCCUGUGAAGAACCUGCUUGAUGAGGACCCGACCUUGGACGCAGACACUAUCAUGGAAGCAAUCGCAUCACAGUACAACACAGAGUUUGGUUUCAGCAGCCCUAUAACAAAUGUGGAUCCAAGUGACGAGCUGCUCUUACCUGGCAUACAAAAAAUGGCCCAUGAACUGCUGGCAUGGGAGUGGAUAUUUGGAAAGACCCCUAAUUUCCGUAUCUGUACGACUUUUGAGAUGAAAGAUGGCACAUCUAUAUGCAAUGUUACUUUGAACAUGGAUAUCAAGAAAGGCAUAAUAGAAUAUUGUCACAUUGAUGUACCCUCAGACUGGCUACCCAUGGAGUUGUCUCAAGAGUUUUCUUCGCACCUGAUAGGGGGAAAGUGUUGUCCAUAUGAGAUGUCAGUACUUGCAGCAGAAUUGCUAAGGACAGCCUCACGUAAUAAGGAACUGGGAAGAAAAAUGUAUAAUCUGUGCAAAAAAGUUAUCUUCAUGAUGUGAAUAAAGCAGUUAUUUUGA